AAUUAUUCAUUACAUCGUUGAUACCUGAUAGUCUGUGUGAGAGAGAAAGAGAGAGAUGUCGUCUCAUGGGAACGCAUCAGUGGUGAACGAUCCGCGGCAGCCAUCGGCGGCAAGGCCAUUCAUGCCGCAACCAGUGGCUCCUCAAGAUCUUCCCGUCGAUUACUCGGGAUUUAUCGCCGUCAUCUUUGGCGUUUUCGGCGUCAUGUUCAGGUAUAAGCUUUGCUCGUGGCUAGCUAUCAUAUUCUGUGCCCAAUCGCUUGCCAACAUGAAAAACUUUGAAACCGAUCUCAAACAGGUCUCCAUGGCCUUCAUGUUUGCUAUUAUGGGACUUGUGACGAAUUACUUUGGACCUGCUCGACCUGGAACAAAGAAAUGAGAUUCAUCGGUUUACAGAGAUGAGAUUUUAUAAAUUUUAGCUUUCAUUAUUUAAUUUAUAGUCUUAUUUGAUUUUGACAUUUACUGAAGUACGAUGUAAUUCAAUAUUAAUCAGAACACAGAGUAUGCAAACUUUCUGUUCUCUCUA